CAUGGCGGCUGUGAAAACCAUCAAUUGCAACAUGCAAGAUGUACUUCUUCUCAAGUCAUUUUUCCAUGAUAUUUCAUCGUUUUCUUUUUCAGAGUGUAAGUCCAUCAUGCCACCACAGUGAGGCAAGACAUUGUUUUGAUCCUGAAACCAGUGUAGCAGAAAGCAUCAAAGGAAUCCAAUUCUCUCGAGCUCCCGGCUACGGAAGAUUGAAGAUGUCACGAAAACCCGCCUUCGUGAAUGCUCGACUGCACAUUCGUGAUAUGAAUAAAAUAGGUUUACAAAGUCCGCAUUGGUUUUCGCUUCUUCUCGAAGUUUUCUUGUUUGAGUACAGCAUCUUCUCUAGAGAGAACUGAGCAGUUUACUCACUGUACAAAAUUAGGUCAUCCGUCAUUCAAGAAAAACAGCUCGCUUCAUUCAGUCUUCCUUGAAACUGUCCUCUUGUGACAAAAACUGAAGGCACAAUGGCAGCUUUUGAUGAGUCGGUCGAUAUUCUGGCGAUUGCGUUUGUUGUGCUUGCUGUCUUGAUUCUGUUAGUCGCAGUUCUUGCGGCGUAUGUUCUCUUACGUCGCGCCAAGAAAAAGUCAAUAGGAACUGGCAGCUCGUACAAGCUUGAUCACAUGUACGACGGUGAUUACGAGGCAUCGAUGUAUGGCAGCAAUCCCAAAAUCAUUGUCACCAAGUCGAUAGCACAAUCUGAUAAUGAAAAUGUUUACCAAGUUGAGACAAACGGGCAGAGCAGAGAAGUCAUCUCCUCGUACCAGAACGCGGCGUACGAAAGACCUCUCUGAUCCAGCUGUUCACUUUACCGCACCGACUAAGAGUAUGUUGAGAUCAUGGAUCGACUUAUUUCAACUCAACGCAACACGUUCACAAUAAUCAAUUAUUAUAAAUGUUUGCACUUUCAUUGCUAAAUAACGCUUUAUCAAAAUAUUGGUUCCAAAAUAACAAUUUAAGAUAUAGAUAUAGAUUCUGAUAUAAAUGAUAAAUAAUACUGGGCUCAUGAAAUUCCAUAUUAAAGUGGCUAAAUAAAACAAGUGGUUAUUUUUGUA